AUGUCUUUGCCGGGCAAUGGAAUAUUUGUUGUCCAGGGAGAGAUGUCCAUGCUGGUCACAGCCAUGCGACGGAGCACCCGAUGGGGUUCUCAUUCCUUCCCAAACGAGGAAUAUGAUGUGCUGACAAGAACAUUUCAGGACUUGAAGACUAUCCUAAAUCAAGUCGAUGAUUUACGUCUUUUAGACCCUUUGACGUAUCUUAGUCCCUUUUUGGAGAUAGGAAAAACAUCUAACAAUGAUCAAAUAAGUCCAGAGAUCGACGUUGAAGAAGCCAAGCAAGUAUCGACACACAAUCAAGAUAAAAAUCUUUUGAACGAAGCCGAGAUAACAAUAGAACCGGUGGAUCAAGUGAAGAGUCCAAAGAAACACGCUCGUCACUCAUCCAUGGACCUCGCUAGCAACGCGUCAAUAACACACGUAAAACUGUUGGCGGGAUCAAAUGCAACAGAUGAAGGGCAAGGUGACGCUCAGAAGUUAGAAGAAUAUGUGAAUCAUAGAGGCAUCAGGUUCACUCAACAGGAAGAAUCCUCGAACUUGCAACCAUAUGGACUGGUCUGCGUCAAAGAAUUGUUCAGAUUCCUGAUAUCUCUCAUCAAUCCCUUGGAGCCUCAGAACACUUCAGCCAUGGUGCAGUUGGGGUUGAGUCUAGUGGGCACGGCCUUAGAAGUAGCGGCCGACCAUCUUGCCAGCUGCCCCGCUUUAUUGGGACUCGUACGAGAUCCACUCUGCAGGAACCUGAUUAGUUUACUCGAUACAGAGAGAAUAUCAAUUUUUGCAUUGGACCUACAACUAUGGUUCCUUUUAUUCGAAGCACUCCGCGGCCACCUCAAGUACCAAAUGGAAGCAUUUUUCAAGAAAAUAAUCGAAAUAAUUUCUGCUGACACAACAAAGUCUAUAUACGAAUUGAAAGAAAUACACCACAUCGCCUUAGAGAGCCUGUGUCAAAUGUUCCGAAUACCGGGACUCUGCACGGAACUGUAUCUGAAUUUCGACUGCGUUGAUGACUAUGAUCGAGGCUAUAGAAAGUCGGGGACCGCCCCCAAAGAGGAUGUAGAAGUGGGAGAGGUAGAUGUUCAGAGGGAGAAGGAAGAUCGUGUUGGCCACGUCACGUUGGAGCUCGGCGGUAUGGACGACGCGUCAGUCGUCAGCGAUCACGUGACCCACGACAUCAGCCAAUACUUUGUUCCUAACGCGAGACAAAUGACUCAAACGGAACUGCCUACGGACGAGGAAUUGGAUCACAUUAAAGAUAUGAAGAAGUGGGUAACUCAAGGUACUGAGCUGUUUAACCAAAAACCGGAGAGAGGAAUAGAGUUCUUAUUGGAGCAUGGAGUGCUGUCAACGCCGUUGGAUCCGAAGCAAGUCGCUAUGUUCCUCAGGGAGAAUCCAGAUUUGGAUAAGAAAAUGAUAGGUGAAUACAUCUGUAAGCGUUCAUCUCGCGAAGAAGACUCCGGUCCCAGCAUCUUGUCGGCGUUCGCGGAUAGUUUCGACUACAGCGGUCUGCGGAUCGACCAGGCCUUGAGGCUUUACCUCGAGACCUUCCGACUACCGGGGGAAGCUCCAUUGAUAUCUCUGGUUAUGGAAAAGUUCGCUGAACGGUGGCAUUUAAGUAACGGCGAACCGUUCGCUAAUACCGACGCGGCGUUCCGGCUAGCGUACGCUGUUAUUAUGUUGAACGUGGACCAACACAACCACAACGCGAAGAAACUCAACGUGCCCAUGACGGUUGAAGACUUCACCAGAAACCUUCGAGGAUGUAACGGCUCUGAUGACUUCGAUCACGAGUUGCUGCAGACUAUAUUCCACGCUAUCAAGAACGAGGAGAUGAUAAUGCCCGCAGAGCGCGUAGGUCCUCUGCGCGACGCGUACUUGUGGCGCGUGUUACAGAGACGCGCGGGCCGCACGUUAGUGUCCGCUCCGCCCGCACCCCAUAGGCUGCACGCGAGACUACUACCGCUGGCAGCGCCGCCUGCGGUGACAGCGUUGUCAGCAGCGUUCGAGCGCGCCGCCCCGCCGUCAGCGGAGGACGUGGAGGUCAACAACCUCCGCGACUGUGCCGCCCUCAUAGCGUUGUCCGGCCUCGAGCGGUGCGCGGCGCUCGUGGCGAGGCUGUCUCCACCCACACUCACACUGGACACGGUGUUGUUGACGCUCUGCAAGUUCACUGGACUUUUGACACCGCAACACUCCUCUUAUAUAGCCAUCGGCGUGUCUCUGGGCCAGUCGUCUAAGGCCAUGUGUAGUAUUCGUCGAGCGUGUGUGGUGGCGGCGAGACACGCGGACUGCUGUCGAGACAGUUGGAGACACUUGCUGGAGAUAGUGAACACACUGUAUAUAGCGAGGUUGUUACCUAAAUGUUUGGUCGAAGCCGAAGACUACCUGUCUCCUAACGGGACGGUUUUCUUUGAUACGAGAUACUUUCACGCGGCACUGAGAGCGGUCUACUAUCCAGUCUUUAUUCCUACAUCGCACUUGGAGAAACCGACAUACUUUCCGCCAGGAGUCCGAGCCCCCACUCCUCAUGAGAAGAGUCUGAUGGACGCGGCUGCAGAGUGCGUGUCCAAGUGUAACUUCCCUGGCAUACUCAUUACAGAGACGAGGUUCCUGCAAAUGGAGAGCUUGCAGGAGUUGAUAUCUGCCAUGAUAGCUAUCGGCGCUCCUCCCGACUCGGACAGUCUCCAACUAAACCCUCAGUUGGAAGACAUCACUAUAUUCUUCCUGGAGUUACUGGGUCAGACACUCAUACAGAAUAGGUGA